CGAACUUCCAUAUUACUAGAUUCUAAAUUUACAAAUAUAUUUAGACUCUCUAAUUCAUAAACAUAGUAAACACUGAUAAACUCUAACGUGUUGUCGGUUGGUUAUUUAGUGAUUUGGACGUUAUGUAUAUUUCAUCCGUAUUAAAUGCUAAUUAAAAUAACAAAAACAUUUCUUGGAAAUGGAAGACAAACAAAUGAAGCUAAGGAACAGCCUUCAAAUCCAAAAUGACAUUCAAACUCAAGAGAAAUUAAAAGAUCAUUUUAAAGAAUAUUGUCGAUAUACUUCGAUUCAUGGAUUAAAAUAUCUGGGAGAAACGAAGACUGUUGCUGAAAGAGUUUGGUGGGUGGUAUCGAUAUUCCUAAGUAUUUGCUUUUGCAGUUUUAUGAUCUACCAAAUAAUAUAUAAAUAUAUUCACUAUCCAGUCAUAAUAACGUUUUCUAUGAAAGAAACACGAUUGCAGAAAAUACCUUUUCCAGCUGUCACCAUAUGUCCGAGAGCAAAAAUCUCACAGGAUUACCUAAAUUUGACAGAUUAUUUUAUACGAAAAUACAGCGGUAUACCCACAACAGAACAGGAAAAGAAGGGCGUAAGCAUGGCAUCACAAAUCUGCGAGUUUUAUCCACAAACACAAGAAUCUUUUAAUGUAUCCAAUGAGGAAUUUUAUGAUUUUCUAUUAAAGAGCAGGACAGAAAUUUUUACCUGGUGUUUCUACCUUGGGCUGGAAGAAAAUUGUAGUGAGAUGUUUACACCGAUUAUUACCGAGGAAGGCAUUUGUUAUUCAUUUAAUAUCCUCGAUAAACAUGACAUUUUCAAUGAUAACAACGAAAUAGUAUUUGAGGACUUCCAUACUUCCCCUCCAUUGUAUAACUGGAAUGUUGAAAGUGGAUAUACCCAAAGAGAAGUAGCAAUGUAUCCUAGAAGAGCUUUGAGAGUUGGACUGAAGAAUGCUUUAUAUAUUGUCCUUAAAACAAAAAAAUCAGAUGUAGAGUAUGAAUGCGCUUUAGACGAGUCUGGUUAUCGCGUGAAUAUUGACCUACCAUUAAAUAUACCAGAGGUAGGAGAAAACUUUAUAUCAGUCCCUUUAAAUCAAAGGGUUAUAGUUCAAGUUACGCCACACAUAAUAAAAACUUCGGAUGGCGUUAAAAACUUUGCUGUGUCAAAAAGAGAUUGUUAUUUUGAGUCAGAGAGAUCCCUUAAGUUUUUUAAAAGGUAUUCACAUGCCAAUUGCUUGCUGGAAUGUAAAACUAAUUAUACCCUACGGGAGUGCGGGUGUGUUGGCAUCAAUAUGCCAAAAGAACCAGGAACACCGUUAUGUUUGUUAGAAAAACAAAAGUGCAUGGAAAGGGCUGAAACGUUGUUUUCGUUAAAUAAUGAAGAUCAUGAAGUUUGGGGUGAUGUGGACAAUGAUAACACUGAAGUAGAUUGUAACUGUAAACCAACCUGUUCUGAUAUCACAUAUGGGACCGAAUUAUCGUAUAAUAAUCUCAUAUUACAGAUAUUAAAUAAGACUUUAAGAGAAGAGAUGGAUUUUGAAAAUGUGAAUUAUUCAAUUCUAAUGCUCUAUUUCGAUAAAAGCUACGUUGAGACGAAAGAAAGAAAUGAGUUAUAUGGAUUUAGCGAUUUUGUUUCCAACUUUGGCGGACUUUUGGGAUUAUUUACUGGAUUUUCUAUACUGUCGUGCAUAGAAAUAAUUUAUUUUUGUUCAUUAAGACUUUGGAGAAACGUGUAUCAGUAAAAAUAGAACAAUCGAUAGAAAAAGUUAGUAUUUAUGUAUUAAAUGAAGUACAAAGUUUAGCUAUAUUGACUGUAUUAAAGUUAAAUAAUUUUACUAUA